AUGGCCUUUAGAAUGAGCAAGCGCAAGCAGGCUGAAGAUAGCAACUCUACCUCGAACUCAGCGCGCAAUGUCCGACCCCGAUCUGAGGGCAGCUUCCCACUUCCAAGCCCGCUUGUACUUCCUGAGACCUGUCAGUAUCAACUGAAAGUACUCGCGAAUAUCCCAGAAAACCUGCCCUUCUUUACAAUGACAGCUCUGACGAUCGCCAAAUCUUGUGCACUCGAGUCCCAAGCGACACCAUAUCUAGUCAGUACACUCGUAGAGGCAUUAAGGGAUGAGGGUGCAGACGAAAAGAAAGUGGAUACAGCGAGGGCAAUAUGGGAAAAUAGUAGCAAUUUAUGCAAGGCAAAAGAGAUUGGAGCAAUGCUGGGUACAGUCGAUAUUCUGCAAAAAGGGCUCUACUUCCUAAUUGAAGGGGCCAAGGAAUGUCCCUCAUCCCAAAUUACAGCGCAAUUACAACGCCGUCUCAAUGCUGCCAUAGCUGAGUGCUUAGCUAGCGAAGACGAUGAAAUACGUGUUGAGAAAGCUGUUAGCGAGUCAGCAAUACCAACCAAUCUCGAGGGCAGCCAAGGAGCUUCUAGAUCCAUUGACAAGGGUCAGAAACAGUCCAGCGAGGCUCCGAAGCUUGUUCCAAACUAUUUAAGCUACAACGACGACUCUUCUGCGAGCCACAUUGAUGGCCUCCAAAGUCGAGCAUCAAAUGAAGACAAGAGGGGGAGUGUGGCGAGAGAAGCCACUAGUGCUAAUCUAGACACUAUUGACCAGCUUAUUUCGGACGAGGCAAACGCAGCUAAAGCUCGACCCUCAACUGCUCCCUACUGGGGAAAACAGCAAGAUGGUGGAAAUUUUGACUCACAGUCAAAGGCCGAUAUCCUGGUAUUACUGGAAGCUGGUCUCGGUGGCCCUGUAGCGCCUUCUGCUACUGAUUGGCUGCGACAGGAGAGCAGCAACGCACUGGAUACUGAAGUUUCCUCGUCUAAGGCGCUUCCUUCCGGGUCCUCAAACAAGCAACCUGCAGAUAGAGCAAAGGACUUGCUAACUCCAAGCAACACUUCAAAGUCCCUUAAGGCGGUCCCGUCUAUUAAUGGCGCACCUCCCAUCAGGGAAGCAAGAAUGCCGUCUAUCGAUAUGGAAUACCAUGAGACUCUAAAACGAGAGCCACAAGUCAAAACGGAAUCUACGUGUUUGGAUUCUGAUCGCGUCUUCUCCGAUCAAGCUGGCCUAAACUUAGCGUAUGGCACAGCUUCUACUGGAAAUGCCGGAUACAAGCUCGUAACAAAAGGCCACACGCAAUCGAAACGGCGCUUACCGGACCGUCCGCUAUCUAAACGCGUAUCGUCCGAAAACAUACAUGACAAGGAUCCAACCCAGUCGACCCCGGACUGCUUGACCUGUUUCUUUUGGUUCUCCCGCGGCUUCUGUGAAAGGGGAGAUCGUUGCAAAUUCCGCCACCAAUUACAGGACUAUGUCGCGAGCUGCCCAAAAAGUGGCGGCAUGCCUAUAAAGGUCAUUCCCAUGAGUACUAUGGAGGAGACAAGGAAAGCCACGCUUGCCAGUGAUCCAAGCCACGUGAGCGUACGUGACAGGCGAAACGAUCCGAAGUCAAAUUUUGACCCUGCACUCACGGAUACACCUAUCUUAGAUUUGUUGCUCGAUGACUGUAUUCCUAUUGAGCCUGGGUCAGCUUCUAGAGUCAUCUCAUCAAUUAUCUCUAAUAUAAGGGCGAGGAAGGACCGCUCUCAAGGUGACUUCGUCACGGAUUUGUACGAUUACAAAGGCAGGCCUUCUAACUUUGAUCUUUAUCGCCAUUCUGGACUGCCAAGCAAGCUGGGAGGUGCGAUGAGCAAAGUCUCUUACAAUCCUGAUCAUGCUCGCAGAAGGCUCGAUGAGAUACUAAGACCGUUUGUGGAAGCGAACAAAAACAUGUUUCCGGACUUGCCAGAGAGGACAUUCAAGAAACAGCGUGAAGAAGGCGGAAGACCGCAGGCGAAUUGGCCGUAGAAGAUCUCUACCGAGAAGUUUUGACGCCCUGCAAUAAAAUAAGUUUCGCAGUUGCGGAUCUAAACGGUUGAUUUGGCCGGAGAUGCGUUUUUAUUGUUGCGAUAAAUGUAAAUUUUAGAUCUUGUAGUUUGUGUUGGUAGGCCUUGUACGAUCGUACGGGUGAAUAACAACAACGAGGUUCUUCUGG